UAUAGGCGCUCUGUAAGUUGCGUACACAGGGCGUGUAGUGCAAAAGGUUCAAAGCUCGACGUAAUCUCACUUACCCUUCCAAACUGUAAUAAGCUGUUACUUCAAGACAAACCUCUACUGUUUACAAUAACUGUUUACUGUUAUUUUAUACCAUAUUUAUUUUAAUACUGCGCAAAGUUAACAUUUCAUCAUGGUUGCUGGAUGUGGUAUGAAGAUUGUGAAGCUGCUUAUGUUUGCAAUCAAUUUCACACUCUGGGCCGCAGGAUGUGUGAUACUCGGUCUUGGUGCAUGGAUCAAAGCAUAUGAAAGUGAAUAUCAAGACUUGUUAGGCAGUGAAAACAUACAAGCCGUUACGAUUAUUAUGAUAUGCACUGGUUGUGCCAUCUUCGCCAUAGGUUUUUGCGGAUGUUGCGGCGCUUGGAAGGAGAGACCUAUUUUUCUGAAAAUUUAUUUUGUGUUGGUCAUUGCGGCUAUCAUUACUGAAUUAGUGGCUGGAAUAAUGGCUUUAGUCUAUAGAGAUGACGUGUUCAACGACAUCAACGGACAAUUGAGCAAUCAACUGGAAACCCAAUACGGGGAGGCUACUGCAAUAACCAAUAGUAUCGACAAACUUCAAGAAGAUCUUCUAUGCUGUGGUGCCACUAACUACACAGACUACGCUUACUCGGAAUGGGCUAAAGAAAACCCGGCAACAGCUGUCCCAAUAUCUUGCUGUAAGAAACCUCCUUCAAAAACUUGCAAUGCCGGCGUUCCAGGACAGCCAGACGAUGUGAAUGGCAUUUAUGUAAAAGGUUGCGUUGACGAAAUGAGUAGCUGGAUAAAUGAUAAUCUAACAGUACUUGGGGGCGUUUGUCUUGGCCUUCUUGGCGUUCAGUUUUUGGCGUUGAUGUUCUCCUGCUGUUUGAUUCAAGCAAUUGAAAGAGACAGAAAGGACUGACUUUCUACCAUCAAGUAUAUUUGUUAAUCGAAUUAUAAUAUCAAUAUAGCUCUAUUUAUGUGACAUAAUUAUUUUGAGAUUAGACCUACUCACCAAGCCUGCUCAACAGCUCAUACAAUAAUGUGGCAAUAGUUCACUUCGAGAUGUCAUUUCAUACGGUACCAGUUGUGUUUUAUUAAGUAGAUCUGUUUUAAGCAUAAGACGCUUCAAAGGUUAAAAUUCUCAAGGCAUAUUUUUUUCUUAUUAUUGUGCAUCAAUAUUUAAUAUAAUUAAGUACGAAGUCAAAGUGCUUCACAUAAAAAAAAUAAAAGAUUAAUAUUUUUCAGCAAAUUUAUAUUUACAUGAUUUUUGUAACCAUUAUAAAAGCACAGAAACAACGCAAGUAGGAGGAAAUUCAAGUGGUUAAAGAACUUCAGGAAUCACAAUCGUAAAACAUUAAACUGCCCCCUAUCUUUAAAAAUAUGCAGGAAGUUUUUUUCUAUGUGGUAUGCAAACACAAACAGUCCACGAUUUAUUGAUAUUAUUCAGAGACAAGCUCCAUUCAUUUCUAAAUCAACGUUCUACAUAGGCCUAAUACUUAUGUCAAUUCAACGUUCAAUAAAAGAGCAGUAUACAUUCCAUGUAAAAUUACACGUGUAUAUAUUUGAAAACUUACACGAUAUAAAUAUUAAAUAUAUAUGUUUGUUUUUUUAUUGUUAUGCAAAUACUUAUGUAUACAUUUGUUAAACAUUUAUACAUAUACCAUGCGGAGGCUUUUUGGCCAAUGAAGCUUCAUUUAAUAGGCAAUGAUAAUAUAUUAUAUUCAUUGAUCAUGUUAAUAAUAAUAUUUACAUUUCGAAAUUAUAAGCAUUGGAAUAGUAUCAAAUAUUUUUGACAAUAUUUACAUUUUAUUUUUGUUGUAUAAACUAUUGAAUAAAACCAGACUACAGAAUAUGCAUGAAGAGGUUCGACUACGGGGUUUCUGCAAAAUGGAAUCCUAUUAAUGAAUAGGUGUUUAAGCUACUACCACAAGCUAGAGGACGUCCUGCAAAAGAAAUGAUACACGUAAAAACCAAAGAUAACAAAAAAA